GCUUGCUAGCAGUGCCUUGCAGAGCCCGUCGCUGCUGCUGCUCCGUUUGCUGCUCCUCAGCCGCCAUGGCCGUCUGGAGCGGGUCCGACUCGUGCAACUCGGUCCGGCCCAGCUUGACCUCGGUCUCGUCGGGGGAGCUGCAGAGCCUCCGGACGUGCAACUGCGAGAUGGCCGUGCUGCCUCUGCAACAGCUGGCGUUGCUGCAGCCGGAGUCCUUCCAGCUGUCGGGGGGCGCCUUGACCGUGCGGAGCCCGCCGAGCCGGCGGCUGGGAGGCGGCUUCACGGUGAUCAGCGACGGCUCCGUCCACGUGGACGGGCAGUACCAUUGCAAACUCACCGACUACUUCAAGAGAUACGUAGAACUCAACACCCACUAUGACUAUAAAAACUACAGAGAGACUAUACUGGGUCGCCCAUUGGUAUUCUUCUUCAACGUCAGAACAAAAUAUAAUUCUUCGAAAGAAAAAACAUAUGCUUUGCUUGUGAACACCCGCCACCCAAAGAUGAGAAGGCAGAUUGAGAAUGGAAUGAACAACAUAAUAUCUUCUGUGAUUGGAGAAAGUUACAAACUUCAGUUUGAUUUCCAAGAUGUUGUAAAGAAUUUUUUUCCUCCUGGAGCCCAUCUGGUCAAUAAAGAGAGCCUGAGCUUUUCCUACGAGUUCAAAUGCGACGCCUUAUUUGACUUCUUUUAUUGGUUUGGGAUCAGCAAACGGACAGUUAUGGUGAAUGGGAAAGUUCUGAAUUUGUCCAGUACCAAUCCACAGAAGAAAGAGAUGAUAACAAAGUUUCUGGAUAAAAUGAGUGAACCAAACAUGCGGUCAAACAGCUUUUCAGACAGAAAGUUUAGUGUUACAUCCAGCGCUUCAGUAGAUGAUGUGUUUAAUGGCAACCUCACACCACAAUCACCUUGGAUGGAAUCGCCUUUUGUAGUUUGGACACUUCCAGGGGCUCAGGAAUCGGAGGAAGGAUCACAUACAUACAUCAGGUUUUCAUGAAGGAAGAAAUCCACCAAAGUGGAAUUGUCUUAAUUACAGAAUGAAAGAAGUUAUGGAAAGGAAGACUUCUGUUUUCCUUUGCAUUUUGCCCAGAAGAAUAGGGAACUUUUGCAUUCCUGCUGUGUUUGUUGGUUCAGGAAUAGCCACUUCUGGUUCUUAAAACAGUGCUUGCCGAGUUCGUCUUUCAACAUUAUGAGCUUUCUGGAGGAUAGGGUUUUCUUGUUACUGCAGUCAGAAUGCAUAUAGCUAGAGUCAUUUCAGUGAUUUUUAAAUCUAGAUUAUUCAAGUGGUUUUAAAUUGCAAGCUUUUUAAACACCACUAAAAUCAUGUGUAGUAUGUUGCUAGCUUCAUUAUUGCUCCAGCGCUUAGCACUGUCUCCAGUGGAAAAAAUUAAUGGGAUACAGAACGGCUUUUGAGGCUAAUAAAAUGCAGCUACACUUCCUGCAGGUUUUUU